AAAUGCAAACGACUGAACUCGCUUUUACAACAGAAAAAAUGACUACGAUAAAACAAGCAACAAUUGUUACAGAAACUGUAGAACCAGAAACAAAAAAAACAUUUCCUCACUUAUUCAAUAAGAAAAGUGCCACAAUACUUCCAAAGAAAAAUAAUAGUUGUUAUAACGUUUUUAAGUUAUUCUCAAAUAUAAUUAGUCGUCACUUUUUAAAAAAUCACCAAAGUAAAAAUAAAUUAAAGGAAUCAAAGGAAAGAAGUAUUCCCACAUUGGAUACUACAAUUAGUUUUACCAUUCGAAUAAUAUCUGGAUGCAGUACCUCUGACAAAGACGAAAUACGAGAUAAAGAAAUUUCUCGGAAAAUAGCUUCAUCUAUGUUUAAAUUGCAUGAAAUUCCAGUCCCUGCCGAUAUUGAAAGUACUGUUCCAGAAGUCUGGUCAAACAUUGACAAAUGGUAUGAAUUAUCAUUAUCACGGGAUAUAGUUGAAAAUUCUAGUAUAAAAAGAUUUAAUUUGGAGUCAUUAAAAGAAGAGGUGGAAGAAUUAAAACGUAUUUUAGAAAUGGUUAAUUCGCCAAUCAUAUUUGGACAUAAUGAUGUAAAAUGGACUUCUGAAGAUGAUAGUUUAUUAAAAAUUGGUGUAAAAAAUUUUGGUUAUGAAAAUUGGGAAAAGAUAGCUUCUACAAUUCCCGGUCGUAAUGAAUAUCAGUGUAAAAAAAGAUUUGACUAUAUUCUUAGCUCGAGCCAUUUCAUAAAUGAUCAUGAUGAUGUUGUUAAUAGAUUUAAUGUAAAAAACAUAUUAGCGGAGCAUCACCCUACCUUUUUUAAUGCUGAUCUAGGAGGAUUAACUGAUAAAAUGUCACAGUCUCAACUUGAUCAUGACGACUCUACUACAUCUUCUACAGAACGACAACAGCAACAUUUAAAUAUUUCUUUAGAUUGGAAUAAAACUGUUGAUACUGCUUUACUUCAUUCUGUAGCAAUACAGGCACAAAAUGUCGAAAAAGAAUUAUUACCAUUCCCAACAAUCUCAACUCAUACAAACCCUUCAUUGCCCAAUUCUCCCAACAUAUUUAAUUCAUCUGAUCGACCAUACAAGUGUUCAACUUGUGAGUUGGCAUUUGCAAGAAAUCAUGAUCUAAAACGACAUCAAAAAACUCAUGAAAAAGUAAAGCCAUAUAAAUGUGACGGUUGCUCAAAACAUUUUUCAAGAUUGGAUGCCCUCAGACGCCAUAGACAAAAUCCAAAAAGUCGCAAUGCAUGCCAAAUGACGUUAUUCAUGGAAAAUAGUAUAGAUUCAAAUAUAAUAAAAUGA